AUGGAGUUGGACCACAGGACGACCGGCGGCCUCCACGCCUACCCCGCGCCCCGCGGCGGGCCGGCCGCCAAGCCCAACGUGAUCCUGCAGAUCGGUAAGUGCCGGGCGGAGAUGCUGGAGCACGUGCGGAGGACCCACCGGCACCUGCUCGCCGAGGUGUCCAAGCAAGUGGAGCGGGAGCUGAAGGGGCUGCACCGGUCCGUGGGCAAGCUGGAAAGCAACCUGGACGGGUACGUGCCCACUGGCGACUCGCAGCGCUGGAAGAAGUCCAUCAAGGCCUGCCUGAGCCGCUGCCAGGAGACCAUCGCCAACCUGGAGCGCUGGGUCAAGCGGGAGAUGCAUGUGUGGCGGGAGGUCUUCUACCGUCUGGAGAGGUGGGCCGACCGCCUGGAGUCCGGGGGCGGCAAGUACCCGGUGGGCAGCGACCCAGCGCGCCACACCGUCUCGGUGGGCGUCGGGGGUCCCGAGAGCUACUGCCAGGAUGCGGACAACUACGACUACACUGUCAGCCCCUAUGCCAUCACUCCCCCGCCGGCCGCCGGCCAGCUGCCGGGGCAGGAGGAAGUGGAAGCCCAGCAGUACCCGCCCUGGGCGCCGGGGGAGGACGGGCAGCUGAGCCCCGGCGUGGACACGCAGGUCUUCGAGGACCCGCGGGAGUUCCUCCGCCACCUGGAGGACUAUCUGCGCCAGGUGGGCGGCUCCGAGGAGUACUGGCUGUCUCAGAUCCAGAACCACAUGAACGGGCCGGCCAAGAAGUGGUGGGAAUACAAGCAGGGCUCUGUGAAGAACUGGGUGGAGUUCAAGAAGGAGUUUCUGCAGUACAGCGAGGGCACGCUGUCCCGGGAGGCCAUCCAGAGGGAGCUGGACCUGCCGCAGAAGCAGGGCGAGCCGCUGGACCAGUUCCUGUGGCGCAAGCGGGACCUGUACCAGACGCUGUACGUGGACGCCGAGGAGGAGGAGAUCAUCCAGUAUGUGGUGGGCACGCUGCAGCCCAAGCUCAAGCGCUUCCUGCGGCCCCCGCUGCCCAAGACCCUGGAGCAGCUCAUCCAGAAGGGCAUGGAGGUGCAGGAUGGCCUGGAGCAGGCGGCUGAGCCCGCCGCGGAGGAGGCCGAGGCCCUCACGCCCGCCCUCACCAACGAGUCCGUAGCCAGCGACCGGACUCAGCCCGAGUAGAGGGUGCCGGCCCCGUCUGCCCGCCUGUGGCCCUCGCCCACCGGGACUUUUGAGUGGGCCCGCCCCUGCAGGGGAGCCCUUAGUCUCCUCGUGCAGCCGGACGCUCACCUCAGCCUCCUAGCCUGACUCCAACAGACCCGCGUGACCCAGAUGCGGGCAGUGUCCCCCAGACAGCCAAGGGGCUCCCCUUCCUCGCAGACCCAGCCCUCACCCUCCCUGCGUCUGUCUUCCCCGCUGGUGGACUGGCCUGAGUCAGCGACCCCGCCCUCCAUGCUCUCAGGCCAUAACAGUUUCCUUAUCCUGAUCAAUGCCUGGGCCCUCUGGGCACUCAGAAACCCAGUGUCCAAAUGGCAUGGGCCGGCGCGCACCCAGCUCAAGGAACACCCCAGAGCAGAAGUUCAGGGGCCACUGGUGCCCCCGCAGCCUGGGCUUCAGGGAAGCUACUUCUCCUGGCAGUCGCCGUGACCGGCUGGCACCCCUGCUGCCCCCCGGGGCAGCUGGCCAGCCUCGGGCAAUGUGGCUCCCUCCCCCUGGAGGAGAGCCCAAGCUCAAGACGCAGCAGCAGCAGCAGCAGCAGCCACAGUGGCAGCAACAGACCUGGCGACCCGGUGCCUCCUGGCCACUCAGCACCAGUGGAGAGGGCCAGAGCCCCGCGAUGACUCACCCACAGCAGGCGGCAGGUCCCCUGGGGCCUGAGUCCUCCAGCCCGGCUGAGGCAGCAGCCGGCCCUCAGAGCCAGGAGAAUGACGACAGGUCUCCAGGCUCCCACAGAGUCUUUGCUGCUGUGCCCGGCACUGUCCCUUCUCCUCUCCCCCUGCAAGCUGCCUGCACGAGAGGAGAAGCCUGAGACCAG